UUGGUAUCAAAAAUUCACAUGUGACAUGUCAUGUAGAACAAGAAUAAGACACAAUCACUCUCAACUUUAAUAAACUUUCAUGUGUCAUAUUAAACUGCUUACACAUGUAUGCACUUAAUCUUAUAUAUAAUGGGAUUCGAUCUCACCUCGAUUCUCAUUCUAUUAUAUACUCAAAAAAUUAAACCUUCAUCAAAAGAGAAGAGUGUCUUAUUGAAUUAUUCUUUGAAAUUAUUAGAAAGAAAAAUGGUUGAUAACAUUGGAGGUAGUGGUUCUUCUAAUAAUGAAGGCAUCAUCAAGGAGCAAGAUCGGUUGCUGCCAAUAGCCAAUGUUGGUAGGAUCAUGAAGCAGAUUCUUCCUCAGAAUGCGAAAAUCUCGAAGGAGGCGAAGGAGACGAUGCAGGAGUGCGUGUCGGAGUACAUUAGCUUCGUGACGAGCGAGGCGUCGGAGAAAUGCCGGAAGGAGAGGAGGAAGACUGUUAAUGGUGAUGACAUUUGUUGGGCGCUCGCAACGCUCGGUUUUGAUGACUAUGCCGAAGGGAUGAGAAGGUAUUUACAUAGGUAUAGAGAGUUAGAGGUUGAUAAUAAUAAUAAUAAUAAUAAUAAUAAUAAUAAUCAAGAGAGAGGGAAAUAAUAUAUAACGUAUAAAAGAAAUUGAAGAUUAUGAACCAUAUUAUUUUAAAUUGCACUGGCAAAUUGUUUCUGAAAAAUAAUGUUGAGGGUGAGAGUAGGUAGUAGUUCUUAUGAUACCAUUUCCAUCUGAAGGGUCAAUGCAAGUUAAGGUUUUCGAGAAUGAGAUAAUGUAAUAGUUUUUUUCUUUAUUGUUAUGAUCUACUGGAUUUUGAUUGACUACAAAACAAGUAGAUUACAACUUUUAAUUUACUUUUUCUCUCUCCUUUUUUUUUUUCUUUUUUUGGGGUAUCCUGUAUUCAUACUUAGCUUCAAGUCUUUGCAUGCUGCUUAAUUUGGUUCAUCAGUUGAAUUUGAGAAUUAUAUCAUCUUGGCCAUGGUUUAAA